UAUUCUGUAUUUUUGUAGUGUCAAGCUUUGGUUAUAGUAUUCAUAAGCUUUUAUAUAUUUAAUCAUAAUCAAUAACAAGCUCAUAUUAUUGUUGUCAACAAUUGCAUUAUCUUCAAUUGAUUAAUGACACUCGAGACUGUCUGAAUGAACUAUAUCAUAGAAGAAACAACGAAAAAACUUUUUGAAGAAGUUAAGAAGUCGAAAAGAGAGAAUGACUCAGUAUCUGAUGACUUGAUGUCAGCAUUGAACUGUGUUUUUGGACAACCUCUUCUAUCAGCAUUUGAUCUUGUAGAUAGAAACUCCGUUACUAAGCUUACAACACCUAACAGAAGAGAAUUAUUUAAGAUUUCUGGAAGUUCAGGGAAGACCUAUUACUGCCCAUCAUCCUUACAAUUUUGUCCCUGCCCAUCAUUUGCAUUUGGAGUAAUAAAAAGAGGAGAUCUGAUAAUGUGUAAACACAUUCUUGCUGUGCAUUUGAGUAUAGCUUUACAAUGCUGUUUAGAAGAGAAAAUUGCAGAGAAAAACUUUGACACUUUCUUGUAUGAACAAUAGAUUGAAUUUAG